UCGGCGAGCCAAGAUCACAAGACGGCAAUGCAGCACGCAUUGGAACUGGCAAAGAAAUCCCCGCCACAGCCGACCAACUUCCGCGUGGGAGCCAUCCUAAUGAGGCUUGAAGAUGGUCACAUUUCCGCCGAGGGCUACACCUUGGAGCUCUCGGGCAACACACAUGCCGAGGAAUGCUGCCUCUUGAAGCUUGCAGAAGAGCAUUCGACCACCGAGGAAGACUUGUCUACAGCGAUUCAGAGCCCGCACGUCCUUUACACCACGGUUGAGCCCUGCUUCAAGCGUCUAAGCGGCAAGCUGCCGUGUGUUGAGCGCAUCCUUCGCCAGAAGUCGUGGAUCAAGAAGGUUUACGUUGGAGUCCUGGAACCAGAGACUUUUGUUGGGAAGAAUCCCGGUCGCCAGCUUCUGGAAGAUGCCGGUGUCGAGGUCCACUACGUGCCUGGAUUUGAAGAGGAAAUCCUGGCGGUAGCAGCUGCUGGUCACACAUCGUCAUGA